UCAGAGCAAGCCGUGCACACGCGAGCGCCCUUCCUCCGCACCAGCCCUCCCCGCCGCCGCGGCCCAUCCUCCAGCCUCGGUCCCGGGUCCCUCCGGGCGCCCGCCCGCCACCGCCUCGCCUCCUCCAGACGCGGCGGAGGAAGGGGCGGCGCCGAGGGAGGGGUCCCUCCGCCGCGGGAGGCCGCAGCGCCCGCCCGUCACGGCGUCGGCGCCGGCCGCGAGAACCCGGAAGUGGCCGAGCCGCGCGCUCGCCCGUCCCGCCGCCGCCACCGCCGCCGCCGCCGUCCUCGGGGGAGCGCGGGAGCCGCGCCGGGCACAGGAGCGCGCGGGGCCGACGGGCCAUGGCCGCGGGGGCCGCCGCCGCCGCAGGUGGUGGCGCGCGGUGAGGGAGCGCUGCGCCCCCUCGGGGCGGAUGGAACGCGGCUGGGCGGGCGGACAGUGCCGGCGGCGUCCGCGGCUGGAAUGGUGCUGGCGGCGGCGGUCGGUGCCUCCUGCGUUCUGAAGCCCCGCGAGGAGCCACAAUGGAGACGCCGCCGCUGCCUCCCGCAUGUACAAAGCAGGGUCAUCAGAAGCCUCUGGAUUCAAAAGAUGAUAAUACUGAGAAACACUGCCCGGUGACGGUGAACCCCUGGCACAUGAAGAAAGCCUUUAAAGUCAUGAACGAGCUGAGAAGUCAGAACUUGCUGUGUGAUGUCACGAUCGUGGCGGAAGACGUGGAAAUCCCUGCUCACAGAGUGGUGCUGGCGGCCUGCAGCCCUUACUUCCACGCCAUGUUUACAGGUGAGAUGAGCGAGAGCCGAGCCAAGAGAGUUCGAAUAAAAGAGGUUGACGGCUGGACCCUGAGGAUGCUAAUUGAUUAUGUUUACACCGCAGAAAUUCAGGUCACAGAAGAAAAUGUACAGGUCCUCCUCCCAGCAGCUGGCCUGCUACAGUUACAGGACGUGAAGAAGACGUGCUGUGAAUUCUUAGAAUCCCAGCUUCACCCUGUCAACUGCUUAGGAAUCCGGGCUUUUGCUGAUAUGCACGCAUGCACAGACCUCCUGAAUAAGGCCAACACGUAUGCAGAGCAACAUUUUGCAGAUGUCGUACUCAGUGAAGAGUUUCUCAACCUCGGCAUCGAGCAAGUGUGCAGCUUAAUCUCAAGUGACAAGCUUACCAUUUCCUCAGAAGAGAAGGUAUUUGAAGCGGUAAUAGCCUGGGUAAACCAUGAUAAGGAUGUAAGGCAAGAGUUCAUGGCUCGGCUCAUGGAACACGUCCGGCUCCCGUUGCUUCCACGGGAGUACUUGGUACAGAGGGUAGAAGAGGAAACGCUGGUGAAGAACAGCAGUGCAUGCAAAGAUUACCUCAUUGAAGCCAUGAAGUACCACCUGCUGCCCACGGAGCAGCGCAUGCUGAUGAGGAGCGUGCGGACCCGGCUGAGGACACCCAUGAACCUUCCCAAAUUGAUGGUGGUAGUCGGGGGCCAAGCACCGAAGGCUAUCCGAAGUGUGGAAUGCUAUGACUUCAAAGAGGAGCGAUGGCACCAGGUGGCAGAGCUGCCUUCCAGGAGGUGCAGAGCAGGGAUGGUCUACAUGGCUGGGCUUGUCUUUGCGGUUGGUGGUUUCAAUGGUUCGCUAAGGGUUCGCACUGUCGAUUCCUAUGACCCUGUGAAAGACCAGUGGACCAGCGUUGCAAACAUGCGGGACCGAAGAAGCACGCUGGGAGCAGCCGUGCUGAAUGGAUUGUUAUAUGCAGUGGGCGGCUUUGAUGGCAGCACAGGUUUAUCGUCUGUGGAAGCGUACAACAUCAAAUCCAAUGAGUGGUUUCAUGUGGCGCCGAUGAACACAAGGAGGAGCAGUGUGGGUGUGGGCGUAGUUGGAGGUUUGCUCUAUGCCGUGGGGGGUUACGAUGGAGCUUCCCGCCAGUGUCUCAGCACAGUAGAAUGCUACAAUGCCACUGCAAACGAGUGGACCUACAUAGCAGAAAUGAGCACCAGACGGAGUGGAGCAGGUGUUGGUGUCCUAAACAACUUAUUAUAUGCUGUAGGAGGUCAUGAUGGUCCUUUAGUACGAAAGAGUGUGGAAGUAUAUGACCCCACCACCAACGCCUGGAGGCAGGUUGCAGAUAUGAACAUGUGCAGAAGAAACGCAGGUGUGUGUGCAGUGAACGGUCUGUUAUAUGUUGUCGGAGGAGAUGACGGUUCCUGUAACUUGGCAUCGGUAGAGUAUUAUAAUCCCACCACAGAUAAAUGGACAGUUGUGUCCUCUUGUAUGAGCACGGGGAGAAGCUAUGCAGGGGUCACAGUUAUUGAUAAACCAUUAUGAGCCCGGAGGAUGUUUUCAGCAUAUCUAUACAUGAGAAGCUGCCGACGACAAGUAUUUCUGAGGUGACUGAGAGCCUCGGGCUUCUCCACUUUACGUCUUCUGCACUUUACGUCUCAGCAGAAGAUGAGACCAUCUGCCUUUAGAGGCCUCGGAUAACGAAGAUUAUUUUUGGUAGAAGCACCGUGUAGGCUUUCUCUGCACCGAGCAGCCGCUGACUGACUUAACCAGAGACCUCGACCACAGCCCCUGCUCUGUGGUCUCUAGGCUCCAGUCGCUUUCAUAUAAACCAGUUCUUAUCAGCCUCGAGUGACUACGGGAUUAUUUUGUGAAAGAGAAUAAAGUUAAUGUGUGUUCUUGUAAAAUUAAGUUUUAUCUUUAUUCUUCCUCCUGAAAAAUCUCUACUGGGAACAGAGACUCUGGACUGAUUAAAAUCUAUGUAAGUAUGCAACACAGUUGAGAGACGAAACUGUCUGCUUUUAUAAAUAUCUUUGAUUACAUAAAUAUAAUAAAUUGUGUGCAUAUAAAUGUGUGUCUAUAUGCUUUCCUUUAAAUAUGUUUGAAAAGAUGUUUGAAACUUGAUUAUCUAUUUAUAAUUGGCACAGUACUUUGAAUUAUGCCAGUACUACAUUGUAAAACAGAGUUGUAUUUUUUGAUAUUUAACAAUGCUUAACACUUUAAAACGCCACUUCUGAGGAAUGAACAUGGUGUAACACACUUUAAUAUGUGUGAUGCCAAACUUUUUUAAAAAAAUAUAAAUUAUGCUUAUUUAUUAUUUUCUUUAGUUUAAUCUUGGUCAUGUUUUGGUGUGUGUUUUUAAUUUUUUUUUCUUAAAGUAACACCUUUGGCAUGAACAUACCUGCAGGUUUUUGAUGAAUAUAAUGAAUGUAUGGAAUUCAACUGAAUUUGCAUGGUCUUAAGAAUUCUUUCUGUGUGUAUAAAUUUAGCUGCUAUUAAUGGAAGAGAAAGCUUUCUGUGAGUAACCAUGUGUAUUGAGCAGAUAGUUUUUCUGAGAUCUUCGAUUAAUCUCUUUAAAGAUGACCAACUGUGUCUUUCUUGAAUUAUCUUUGAAUAAAAGUUUGUAUAUUAUUUGUUUCACAA